GCGUGCUUGGUUUCACCAAACAACGUGCAACAACUUGAGCAAGUCGAAGGGCCCGAAGGGCCCUGGCCCUAGCCUAGCAGGGCCUAGCAGAUGUUCGAGACCACCCCACAAUCCUAUUACCUUGGGUGAUCCGCAGCUCAAGCUGAGAGGCAGAUAUCAGGAAGCUGAGGAGAAAUUCCUCCAAGCCUGGGAACUGCAAAAGAAAGCCAACAAGGUGAAUUACGCCACGAUGUUUGGCUUGGCCACGGUCUUGACAGAGCAAGGUGAAAGCGGCAAGCUGCUCCAAGCCGAGGCUCUGUUUCACGAUUUUUUGGAGAAAGCAAUCUCACAGGAGGAGAAGGGUAUCGCUGAGACCUACAGGGGAUUUAUAGGCCUAGCGGACAACCUGGAAAGGCAGAAGCGGUGGAUGGAAGCGACCCACGCGUGGCAACAGGCCGUAGAGAUGGCCACACCGAUGGCCCAUCUGCAGCACCGGCACCGGCAGAAUAUGCGCAUGGGCAUCUGGGCGUUGACCCUGGCGGUGCCUUUGGGCUUCGGGUGGACCUGGUACCGCUCGGCGGAGUGCGGGGACCCAGCGGGGACCCGCGUGAUCGCCUUCAGUUUCGGCUCGGCCUCAAAUCGCUCGCAGCCGGUGACCGCCGAGAGAUGUGAAGCGAAGCGGCAUAGCGAAGCCCAGCCUGCGCGGCGUAGCCGACAGAUCCCCCGAUGGAUUUUGAUUUCGCCAAGUGACCCGUUUGUUGAUAUGGAAUUUCUGGAUAAAUCAUGA